AUGGUACAAGGAAUUGUUCUUUUGUUAACGGGCCGCUUCUUCACCGUGGGCCUCGUCACCUCCUGGUACUCCUCCAACAUCGGCGUCCUCCUCCUCAACAAGUACCUCCUCUCAAGCUACGGCUUCAAGUACCCAAUUUUCCUCACGAUGUGUCACAUGACCGCCUGCUCCCUCCUCAGCUACGCCGCCAUCGCCUGGCUCCGGGUGGUCCCCAUGCAGGCCGUCCGGUCCAGGGUCCAGUUCCUCAAGAUCGCCGGGCUCGGACUCGUCUUUUGCGGGCGAUCUAGCUUGCUAUAUCUUGCGCUGGUGCGGGUGGCGACUGGAGUUAUCAUUGCGAGUGGGGGAGAGCCAAGUUUCCACUUGUUUGGUUUUAUUAUGUGCAUUGGUGCAACUGCUGCCAGGGCACUGAAAUCAGUUUUACAAGGGAUUUUGCUUUCAUCUGAGGGGGAAAAGCUUAACUCUAUGAACCUUCUGCUAUACAUGGCACCAAUUGCAGUAGUUCUCCUACUGCCUGCAACAAUCAUAAUGGAAGACAAUGUGGUUGGCAUCACGAUAGCUCUUGCUAGAGAAGAUAUCAAAAUUGUUUGGUAUUUGCUAUUUAAUUCUGCUCUGGCAUAUUUUGUGAAUCUCACCAAUUUCUUGGUCACCAAACAUACCAGUGCUUUGACUCUACAGGUUCUUGGGAAUGCGAAAGGUGCAGUAGCUGUGGUCAUCUCAAUUUUGAUAUUUAAGAACCCGGUAUCAGUAACAGGGAUGCUUGGCUAUGCCAUUACAGUUUUUGGAGUAAUUCUUUACAGUGAAGCGAAAAAACGAAGCAAGUGAACUAAACUGGUUAAGGAACCGCAGAAGCAGCUCUUUCUUCUGUUUCUCUGUACAGGGUGGCAAAAGGCUUCACAAUAUUUCAUUUGCAUGAUCUCUGCAUGGUUGCAGUAUGUUGCACCCUAUUCUUUUGCUGGGAAUCUUAACUGGUUCCUGCUACUUGUAUCAACACCAACUAGCUAGCGAAUAGGGGGUAAAUAUCUCAAUAUGAAGUAAUGCAGUAUAUACAAAAAUUUUUUUUGUUUUAUUUUUUUCCUUUUAUUUUUUGUUGAAGGUUUCUGUGAGGCAUUCUUAUUCUUGCCUCCAGCUUAAUGGAGUAUGGAAAAGACAGCAAAUUCUUUGUGAUAGGGAUGAAGUUCCACUCAGUACAUAUUGUUUUAAUCUAUAUGUUAAUUUUACAAAA